AUGGCGGAUCCGCGAGUGUUUCUCUGGUUCUAUUUCUUCCUUUUGAAACGGCGCAAAAGAAUCGAUCGUCAGAGAAAAAAGAGUACCAUUCAGAUCAGGAAAAUCAAUGAUCUUCGAGAAAUGGUGGGAAAGCAAUGGAAAAAUACGGUUAAUGCAAGUUUAACCAUCACAUUGUUAUAUGGUUGUCUAACGAACAGGGAUGUCUGGAGUUGGUUUAAGCCAAGCCAUUCAUAUUGGGUCAUCUCAAGUCAACAGUGGACAGCCAGAAUGUGGAUCGAUCAUUUGAGGAUGAAGAAGGAAACCUUUCUCUACCUAUGCCGAGAUCUGGCGCCGUUCCUUGAAAAACAACAAACCCGUUUCAGAGAGACCAUACCAGUAUCCAAAAGGAUAGCAAUAGCGUUAUGGAGGCUUGCCAGCGGACAUGAUUACCGUUCGCUUGGACAGUUAUUUGGGGUUGGUCGUUCAACCUGCUGCAAAAUUACUCAUCACGUAUCUGAUGCGUUGGUGUCUGUAUUUUUGAAAAGGUUUAUCGCAACUGUUUCAAACGAACGAGUCCAAGAAACAAAAGAAGCCUUUAGGAUAAUGAGUGGCCUUCCUCAAUGUGUUGGCGCAGUUGAUGGGUGCCAUAUUCCAAUAUUAGCUCCAACAGAACACCACUGUGAUUAUUUCAACAGGAAACACUUCCAUUCCAUAAUUUUACAGGCUGUUGUUGAUCACAAACGAAGGUAAGCACUGACAGAUUUGAAUGUGAUAUGCGCAGUGGACAGUGGUCACUGUACCUGCAUACAGUAAAUGUAUCAGUUAAUUCCAGCUGUGGCUACCCCUCCCCCUGGCCAACCCCCACAUUGUUGGAAAGACAAUGGCUGUGCCCCCACCCUGGGCAAGAAACAUAGAUCUAUAUCCCCACCCCUGGGCCAUAAAAUUAUUAAAUGUUUCAACAAAUUGCUUGACUUGCAUGUUGAUACAAUAUCUUUCCCUCCAUAUCUUCCAUUGAUAACACAUGUUCCACCAUAGCUUAUAAACAUGUCUUUCGGGAGAGGUCACUUCACAGCACCCUUGUAUAUCAGUAUCUCUGGGGAAAGAACGUCUGCUUGCAGGCUUGGUACAAGGUUUCAUUUUAAGUCACCACCCCUGGGCCAUACGAUAGGGUGUCAAUAGCUCCACCCCCAAGAUUAGAAAAGGGCCCGGGGAGAUGGGCACAGCUGGAAUUGACUGAUGCAUAAUGCUGUGCACUUGAGUUUCAUAAGUAUUCCAUUUAUUUAUUUUGUGACAACAUGUUGUAAUACUGUAUUUAUUUAUUGAUCUAUUUACUUUCAGAUUUCAAGACAUAUAUAUUGGGUGGCCAGGACGUGUUCAUGAUGCCCAGGUCUUAGCAAACUCAAGUCUGUACGCAAAGGGACAGAAUGGAACACUCUUCCCAGAUGUGAGUAAAUUUUCUUACAAAAUUGAUGUUUUAAUAAUUUUUCCAAUACAUGUAAUUACUAGAAUUGGG